GUUUGCAGUGUAUAAUAUUUUAUAAUAGGUAUAAAUUCCGAAUGGCGCUCUUGAUGCGCCGCCGCUGUGAACUGGAACACGACCAAAGGCAGUUUCUGAACCCAUGCAGGGCGGGCAAUAAUAAUAAUCAUGAUCAUAAAAGUGACGUCACUGCUCUAACCUUUAGCAGGCAUCAAGGCUGAGGUGUUCAGAGAAUCCGGCCAGGUAGAGGAACCGUCAGGUUAUAGGCAUAUAACCCUGGGACUGAGGAGCCUAGAUCAAUUUUUUUGGCGGGGGAGUGCAAGCUAUGCACUGGAGCCACCAGAAAAAAUGUACGUGAGUUAUCUCCUGGAUAAGGACUCCAGCAUGUACCCGAAUUCCGUAAGACACCCAAGCCUAAAUCUAAACCCUCAGAAUUUCGUACCGGCGCCUCCACAGUAUCCGGACUUCACAGGAUACCAUCACGUCCCGGGAAUUACCACUAAUGACCCGCAUCACAGCCAGACGGGCAGCUGGAACCCCGCGUACCCCCCUCCGCGGGAGGAAUGGACACCGUACGGGCCGGGAUCCGGAGUGUCCAGCUCGAGCACAGGUCAGCUGGGCUUCAGUCCUCCAGAGUUUUCAUCUGUCCAAACUCCGGGUCUGCUCCAGUCCUCCAUCAACUCUUCAGUCGGACAGCUGUCGCCCAACGCGCAGAGGCGCAACCCGUACGACUGGAUGCGCCGCAGCGUCCCGCCCGCCAGCUCAGGAGGAAAGACCAGAACAAAAGACAAAUACCGGGUGGUGUACACAGAUCAUCAACGUCUGGAGCUGGAGAAAGAGUUUCAUUACAGCCGCUACAUCACAAUAAGAAGAAAAGCAGAACUGGCAACCGCACUCAGUCUGUCAGAGAGACAGGUGAAGAUCUGGUUCCAGAACCGGCGCGCUAAAGAGAGGAAAAUCAAUAAGAAGAAAAUGCAGCAGCCUCAGCCGGCGUCCACCACCACACCCACCCCGCCGGGCUCAGCUCUGCCAGGCAAUGUGCCUAUGGUGACCAGCAGCAGCAGCGGUGGCCUGGUGUCCCCGCCCAUGCCAAUGUCCAUCAAAGAAGAGUAUUGAGGACUCGGAAAACCUGGACUGAUAGAGAUUUUUAUACCGAAACACACUUAUACAACACAGGGUACUCUUCAAGAAAUCAGCACAUCUUUCCUGGAGCACUGACAGAAAAUUAUGUUGAAAACAAUUCAUAUGGGCUGAAUUUAAACAUACAAAACUGAAUUGAGUAAUGUUCAGCUUAAUUUGUGUUUAAAUUCAGCCCAAAUAAAUUAUUUGCAACCACUUGCCUUAAAAGAAUUUAUCCAGCAGGCACAGGACGGUAACAUGACGUCAGGCUGACGUUGUCCGCCAACGUCGUGGGGACGUUCCAAGUUGUUUGGAAAUGAAAAUCGAGUUGACGUC